AUGGGUUCUAUUGUGAAUAACCAACCGGUUUCUGAGCUCACAGCUUUGGAACGUAUCGGCCCCAAGGGCUACCUUCGUUAUAUCUUCCCGUUCCAGCUCGAAAAGGAGUAUGGCUUGGAUGAGACCAUUCGGGUUCUUCAAGCCGGGUACCAAGCUCUCACACAACGAAUCCCAGAGGUCGCGUGCGAAGCCGUUCCCGAUGGCAAUUCAAAGCAAAGGGGUGUGAUGAGACUUCAGAAACAGGCGAAUGGCGAUGUAGCGUGCAUCGUGGUCAAGGACCUACAGUUAAAAGAUAAAUCCUUCCCUGUCGCCUCCUUCGACGCCGAUACGUUCUGCCCCCGUUCUGUUUGGCCUUCAGCUGGCGAUUGA